AGCUUAUUGGAGUGAUUUAUACAUAAAAUGGGUAUUUCAUAUAACAAUUAACUAACCGUUAAUGGUUUUGCAAGUUUAUUAUUUUACAAAUUGGAAAGAAUAAAAUGUCUGAUAUCCCUCAUGAAGAGAACCAAAAAUAUUGUUCUAAAAUUGUGCAAACUGACUGGAGUUGUUUAAAAGACGAUUUCAUUGCAGCUAAUAAAGAAAAAGAAAUUCAAGAAAGACACCAGUGUAAUGAUUCCUCUAAGAAACUACGGAAGAAUAACAAAGAAAAGUUUGAUAAAAAUUUUAAGCAAUCUAAAAAAGAAAUAAAAGAUAAUUUUGUUAAAACUAGCAAAUCGUUAAAUGAUCUUUUAUCGGAUAAUAAAAAAUCUAAAGAUAAAGUUAAAAAAUAUCGAAGCAAUAUUCAAGAUAUGAGCAUAAUAAAAAAACUUAUGUUUCCUAGCUUUAAAACUACACCAGAAAUUUUACAAUAUCAUACAGAAAAGUCUAGUAUUAAACUUCAAUCAUUGAUUGAGUUAACAAAUAAAGUAAUUGCUUCCUCUGAUAAAGUUUGUCAAUUUUGUAAUAAUUUUCUUGUUGAAGUUACCCAAGAACAAACUGUUGUCAUGGAAAAUUCACUAAACAAACUUAAUUUUGCAAAAAUCUAUUGUUGUGCAGAGUAUGAAUAUUUUGUUUCAUUACUGCACAUAGCAACAAAAGAUACAGGUAUAACAUAUGAUGAACUUCUUGAUAUAACACAUCGUAAUACUUCUAUUAACUCUCAAAAACAUCACACUCUCAACCGAUAUAAGAAGUUUGAUUUUAAAAUAAACCAGUCUGACAGUUUUCAGGAUGAAGAUUUUCUAGGUGGACGUCAAAUAAAAACUAUUCAGUAUUCAGUGUCCUCUCCAAAAUGUAUGGAUGAAGGGUGGACAAUAAAACCUUCAACUUCAAUCACAUCAUCAAUUGAGAUCAAUGAUGAAAUAAAAAUAGAUUUAGACUACAUAAAAGAAAGUUCCACCAUUUUUAAGGAAAAUCUUUUCAUUAAUGAAAAGUUUUAUGAAAAUGGAGAAAAAUUUAUGACAAUUUUUCCAGAUGGAAGUGGUUGUUGUUAGUAUCCAUUUCAUAUUUUUAUUGUUUGUAAAUUCAAGAGGUGGAAUUGAACUUAAAAGAAAUGGCGAGAAAUAUAGUAGAUGGCAAUGGUAUUUGGUUCAAGGUCAUAAACGAACACCUCCAUUUCACCCUAUGUGUUUUUCUCUGAAUAAAUAUAUCUCUGUUCGCUAUCAGGAUCAAUAUAAUAUUGGUCUUCUACUUUCUAUCAAUAAACAAAACAUCAGGUUCAAUGUUGCUGCAAAAAUAAAAGCAAGUUUUUUUUUUUAUCAAG